AUGGACGUUGACUCAGAUGGUGAAAGUCCUACCCAAGACAGUGUGGUUGUUAUCAAUUCCAGUGAGGAGGAACAGCUUGGUAGUGGAAAGAAGAAGAAGUUAGUAGCAGCAAGAGAGUCGGCUGAGGUUUUCCGCAAGCAUACUACUUCUGAUGGCAGUAAACAGUCCCUUAAGGCAACUUGUCAUCAUGAUGGGAAAAAACUACUGCCACAUGCCAGGUUAUCAAUGCUCAACAAAGACUCAGAAUUACAAGAUGAUUUCCGCCACUACAUUAAAUCAUGGGCUACUGAUGUUAAGGUUGAUAUAACAAAUCUGAAGAAGACAGUAAAAGGGCUUGCUCUAGCAGGUACUCCCAGUCAGGCCUUAGAUGCAAUUCAAGCAACAUGGGAUGCUGUAUUCCUGGACAAUCCUUACAAGGUCAACGCUAGUGAUGCAGUCUGUCGAGUGCUUGGACAAUACAUUUCUGAAUGGCGUGCAGGAUUUGGGUCAGCUGCAGUCAUGACUAUGGAAAUAUUUUUUGAGUCCAAAGAAGAUUUUAAUGAUUAUGAAAUGCAACAGGAAUUCGCCAAAAGCAUGUUGAAGGACCUGGCUUUUCUUUUUUUGGAGGUUGGAAAGAAGACUUUGGUGGAUGGAACGUACAGUGACUUUAGUAACAUGGAAAAGUUCCCACCAAGAGGAGCCUUAGCUAUGUCCGCUGCUGCAGUUGAGUGUGUGUUCACUUUGUGGGCAAAUAGAGAAAUACUGUGGGAACCAAAGGAUCAGAUCACUGAGACUUGGAUGGACGAGGCAGUAAACUUGAAGCUGUAUGCCAAGCCAUUGCCAAAGCUCAACAAGUCAACUGGCAAGGAGACUGCCACACACAAUAAAUUUUUGGACAUGAACUGGGGAUCAACAACCCGCAAGUACUAUAAUUCCACCAAGUCCCUCAAGGUUUCCUCACUAGAAGAGAUUACCCACAAGGCCUUGGUGUUUACUUAA